AUGCCCCGUCCCUCGCGGAGCGCGUUCGGCUGCCGCAAGCCACCAUACUCGUAUGUAUGCCUGACUGCUAUGGCCAUCCAGAGCAGCCCAGACAAGAUGCUCCCUCUGAACGCCAUCUACCGCUUCAUCUCGGACAACUUCCCCUUCUAUCGCCAUGGCGCGCGUCGCUGGCAGAACUCUCUGCGCCACAACCUGUCCUUCAACGACUGCUUCGUCAAGAUCCCGCGUGGGCCCGAGCGGCCGGGAAAGGGCGGCAUGUGGGCCCUGCACCCCCUCUGCGGUGACAUGUUCCGCAACGGGAGUUUCCUGAGACGCCGCAAGAGGUUCAAGGUUGCGCGACCCCUGGCCCGGGGUCACCCCUUCACCAUCGAGAACCUCGCAGUGCCCGCUCAGCAUCGGCCGCACGUACACCCCUUGGGCUGGACGGAUUUCCCGUCUGCAGCAGCCAGAAGUGUUGUCCUUCCGGCUCGGACGUCGCUUCCUGCCGUCCCCGUGCCCAUUAGAGCCACUCCCGCUGGCCCGCCCCACCCGCUGGCAAUGUAUGUCUCCUGCGCGGCAGCACCCUUUUCUGUGGACAUGUGA